UUUUUCUUUCUUUCUUCAUCCAUUUUUUUUUUUCUAAGGCUCCUUGUCAAUUUCCCUUUUGUUAGUUUCUUUCUAGUUUUGGGUCUUUCUUUUUUAAGCUUAAAACAUGCAAAAAGAUAAUCUUUACAGAUUUAUUUAGAUAACACAAAACAGAUACAUAUACCGAAAAUGUUGAUUUUCUAUCCUUAUAGAUUUACAAUUCCUUCCAACAAUUUCUCAUCUUUAGCUACACCAACAAGGAAAAUUCUAAAAGAUUUUAAAUCCAUAAAGCCUGGUAAUCACAAGUCAAUUUCUAUGGAAGCUGAUGUUAUUAUUCUCUGAACAUUCUGAGUUUUUUUUUUUUUUUUUUUGGAUUUUCUUGAAAAUUGACAAAAGGGGUUGUAGGGUUUUGAGUGUUUUAUAGUUUUUUUGUUUUUUUUUUGUUUUUUGAGAUUUGGGAAUUGGGAUGUUGAAUUUGUGGGUGUUUUUGUUGAUGAGUUGUGCGUAUUUGGUGGGUUAUGGAGCUAUUGGAAGUGUUAUUUUGAUAGGAAAGAACCAUACUUUGUCUUUUCAAGAUAUUGAAGCUAAUUUUGCUCCCUCAGCGAAAAGUUCAGGUAAAUGUGGGACGUUGUAUGUGGCAGAGCCUUUGGAUGCCUGCAAAACCUUGACUAACAAGAUUGAACCAACUAAUAACUUUACAAAAGAACCAUUUGUGCUGAUAAUGAGGGGUGGAUGUAGCUUCGAGGAUAAAGUUAGAAAAGCACAAGCUGCAGGUUUUAAAGCAGCCAUUAUCUAUGACAAUGCAUAUGGUGACAUAAUUGCAAUGGCAGGAACCUCUACUGGUGUGAAGAUACUUGCAGUGUUCGUUUCAAAAGCUUCUGGAGAAACACUCAAAAAGUAUGCUGGUGACACUGAUAUGGAAGUAUGGAUAAUUCCAAGCUUGGAAAACUCAGCUUGGUCAAUCAUGGCUACGUCGUUCAUUUCAUUACUUGCUAUGUCGGCCGUGCUCGCAAUGUGUUUCUUUGUUCGCCGACAUCAUAUACGAAGAGAAUGGCCCCAAGCUUCUCGUGUUCGUGAAUUUCAUGGGAUUAGUAGCCGCUUGGUGAAAGCUAUGCCAAGUUUGAUAUUUACAUCAGUUGUGGAGGAUAAUUCUACAUCAAUAACAUGUGCUAUAUGCCUUGAAGAUUAUAGUGUGGGAGAUAAGAUUAGAAUUCUUCCAUGCCGGCACAAAUUUCAUGCUAUGUGUGUUGAUGCUUGGCUGACAUCAUGGAGAACCUUUUGCCCUGUCUGCAAACGGGAUGCAAGGACCAGCACUGGUGAACCACCAGCAUCAGAAUCUACACCGUUGCUUUCUUCUAGUCUUCGAUCUGUAUCUUCAGUGUCAUCUCUAAGGUCAUCAUUAGCAUCAUCAUCAGUGAUACAUAUAGGCACCGGAGCAUCUCGAUCGCCUUCAGUUUCUCGUCCUCAAUCUCUCUCGAGCUCUCAUAACCAGCAUUCCCUUUGGUCCUACCACCAGUCACCUCAUCUUUCUAUAAGCCGAAGUUCACUCGACCUUCAAAAUGCAUCUUCCCAAAGAUCUCGUGCGGCUUACUUAAUUUCAUCUAACUCACUGGGUUAUCGUUCUCUGUCACCUCUUAAUUCAAGAUACGGGUCUGCAUACAUGACUAGUCCUGGCAAUCCCUCGUCGGGCUAUAUUGGAUCAACAAGUCGAUAUCCUAACUCACUGCAUCACAGUGAAUCAAUUACAAGCUUUUCACCAUUUGCUUCAGCUAACUCUCUUCCUGGAGGUGAGUCAUGAUAUAGUUGAUCAUGGAAAACAUUAGUCGAAUUUGUGAAGUUCCUUUACUGAGUGUACAUGCUCAAAGAUGGGUGCCCUUGGCUGUACACAUUGCUCCUUCUUCUUCUUCUUCUUCUUCUUUUUUUUUUUUUUUUUUUGUGUUUUGUUAAAUAAAUCUUCCAAUCGAUUCCAUAGUGAUAGUGAUGCUUUUAGCCAUAUCCACCUGAUACAUGGUUGAGGCCUUUAGUUGGAUGUAAAUAUAAAUGUCCUUGAGAUGACUGAAACUGGUCUUUUACCUGUUUUUAGUUUUUGAAAAUAAAGAAUAUUCACUGA